UUGAGCAUGAGGUGACAAAUGAUAUAUAUUUUUUAAUUAUGAAGGUGGUGGGAGGCGGAGGUAAACACGCCAGGAUGGCCAGACCUGCUGACGCUAGGAUAAGUGAUGUUGAUGAAUAUGGAUUUGAGAGGCCUCCAGAUUUCAAUUACCAAACAUAUGAAGAAUUUAUGUCAAAAUACUUGACAGUAUUAACACGAAGAGCAAGAAAGUGGUCUCAUCUGCUUGGAGCAAAGGAAACUGUUGGCCGAGGGAUAAAAGUGAAGCGUUACGUAAGAAAAGGGAUACCUAUGAAACAUCGGGGGAAGAUGUGGAUGGAAGUGAGUGGCGCAAAGAAAAAAAUGGAGGCUAAUCCAGGCUACUAUAAGAGUCUUUUGGAGAAUCCAGUGGAUGAAGAUUUAGUCGAAGCCAUAAAGAUUGAUGUCCCUCGCACUUUUCCAGAUAACAUAUAUUUUCGUGAUUACAAUGAAGGAAAGCUGUCAAAUCUUUACAAUGUUUUAGUCGCAUUUUCACAACACAACAAGAAGAUUGGAUAUUGUCAAGGGCUAAACUACAUUGCUGGUUUAUUGCUGAUAAUCACCAAAGAAGAGGAGAGCACCUUUUGGCUUCUGAAUACACUGAUGGAGGACUUGUUGCCUGAAUACUACACACCUGAUAUGGUUGGUGUUCUUACAGACCUCAAGGUGUUGGAAGCUCUCGUUAAAGAGCAUGCUCCAUUAAUAUGGAAGCAUGUAAACCAUUAUGGCUUGACCUGGGGUCUCCUUACAACAAAAUGGUUUAUCUGCCUAUUUGCUGAAGUUCUACCCAUUGAGACAGUACUGAGGAUAUGGGAUUGCUUGUUUUACGAAGGCAACAAGGUGCUUAUGCGUGUGGCAAUAACAUUAGUGUUGUCCAAUCAGCAGAAGAUCCUGAUGAGCCAAGAUUUUGGUGAUAUUAUUGAGUGCUUCAAAUCUAUAACGAAUGACACGAAUGCUGUUGACUGCCAUACCUUCAUGCAGAAUGUAUUCAAGGUGUCUGGAUCUUUUCCAAGGGCUCGGCUGACAAAAUUAAGGCAAGAGUGUCAAACAGAAGUACUAGCUGAAGUUAAAAAAUAAUUUUCUUUUUAAAUUGCUUUCAUCUUCAUGGAAGAUAGUAG